CAUAGUUGAUACAUACAAACUUGAGCAUUACUAUACACAUUAGCAUGUCUUCUACAAAGCUCCCAAGCUUCCUUUUAUGGUGGCGACUCGUGGUUCCCACUACUUUCUUUUUUUAUCGUCUUUCUUCUUCCGAAACUGCUCCAAACUACAGCUUUCUCCACAAUGCAACAACAGCACCACCAACCUCCUAUUGGGACUACAUCAUCAUAGGUGGUGGCACAUCCGGCUGUCCAUUAGCAGCCACCCUCUCCCGCAACGCCACCGUUCUACUCCUAGAGCGAGGCGGCUCACCCUACGGAAACUCCAACAUUACCCUCCUUUCCGCAUUUGGGUCCGCCCUCUCGGACCUUUCUGACACGUCUCCGUCCCAGCGCUUCAUCUCUGAGGACGGGGUCAUAAACACAAGGGCCCGAGUUUUGGGCGGCGGUUCGUGCCUUAACGCGGGAUUCUAUUCCCGCGCAAGUCCCGCACAAGUUCAGGAAUCUGGGUGGGACCCACAUCUGGCUAAUGAGUCUUACCAUUGGGUUGAAGAGGUUGUGGCAUUUCAGCCCCCUAUGAGACAAUGGCAGUCUGCUGUUAGAGAUGGUCUAAUUCAAGCUGGGAUUGUUCCAUUUAAUGGGUUUACAUUUGAUCAUAUUAAUGGGACUAAAAUUGGUGGAACUAUUUUUGAUAGUGAUGGAAAUAGACAUACUGCUGCUGAUUUGCUACAGUAUGCUGAUCCUAAUAGGAUUAAUGUGCUCUUGCAUGCUACUGUCUCUAAGAUCUUGUUCAAAACUACAGGAAUGGAAAAGCCAGAAGCCCGAGGUGUAGUAUUCACAGACUCAUUAGGGUUCAAACACAGGGCCUACUUAACACAAGGGUCUAAAAAUGAAGUAAUAUUAUCCGCUGGAGCACUGGGUAGCCCACAACUUUUAAUGCUAAGUGGAGUAGGCCCAGCAGAGCAUCUUAAGGCCCAUAAUAUAACAUUGGUGUUGGACCAACCCAAUGUUGGACAAGGCAUGUCAGACAAUCCAAUGAAUGCUAUUUACAUCCCUUCUCCUUUACCUGUUGAAGUCUCUCUCAUUCAAGUUGUUGGCAUAACUCCCUUUGGUAGCUACAUUGAGGCUGCUAGCGGUGAAAAUUUCGCCGCUAGUAGCAAUGGCCAUAGUGCAAGAGACUUCGGCAUGCUCUCUCCCAAGAUAGGUCAAUUAUCAACAUUACCACCAAAACAAAGAACAGCAGAGGCACUAGCCCAAGCCAUAGAAAAAAUGUCUACACUCCCAGACAUAGCCUUCCAAGGCGGUUUCCUCCUCGAAAAAACGAUGGGUCCAAGCUCAAAAGGCCACUUAGAGCUUAGAAACCGAGACCCAGACGCAAACCCAUCAGUAACCUUCAACUACUUCCAAGAGCCAGAGGACCUACAAAGGUGUGUUUUAGGCCUACAAACCAUAGAAAAUGUAAUAACUUCACAAGCAUUUGGUAGAUUUAAGUACCAAAAUAUGCCUGUUCAAACUCUCCUAAACAUGACUGAAUCUGGUUCGGUCAAUUUAUUGCCGCACCAUGCCAAUGUUUCGGUUUCACUCGAACAGUUUUGUAAAGAUACGGUUAUGACUAUUUGGCAUUACCAUGGAGGAAAUUUGGUUGGAAGAGUGGUUGAUUCGGACUAUAAAGUUAUGGGUAUAAAUGCUUUGAGGGUGAUUGAUGGUUCCACUUUUCAUUAUUCUCCUGGGACUAAUCCUCAAGCCACUGUCAUGAUGCUGGGCAGGUACAUGGGAGUAAGGAUUCUUAGGGAGAGAGCUGAAAGCCAAUAAAAAAGAAUUGGUUUUACCGUUUAAUUUGCAUUAGAACAUGUAAUAUUAAUUAAUUAAUUAAUUAAUUAAUUAAUUAAUGUACUAAUUGGUGGAGCUCUAGUUAUUAUUAAACAAAAA